GCAAGAUACAAAGCCCUCGAACACACUCCCUGCCGAGCAAAGCGCACACAUCACAGAGCUCAGAGUUGCGUCCAUCCCCAUUGGGAGCCGUAAACACGUGACAGUAACUUAUCAGUGUGUGAUUUGCGGGGGAACUACCCAUGUACUUCUAUUCUAGUUUUUUUUAAUCGUAUAUCAAUUUAACAAUAUCUGAAUCACAACUAAACUAUUUUUUAGCUGUUGAUUCUUGAACUGUGUUGGGACUGUAAUACAGGGCUUGCCCUCACAGUCCCGCGGUUUGUACAUUUCUUCAACAUAGACUAAAUGAAGAUUACUUAAAAAAUUGAGAGAAAAAAAAAAACUUCUCGUGCGCUGCCUCAUUGUCGGCGGCAAGGGCUGUGACGUCAGAGCGGCAUCAGUUUCGGUAUUCGUGGUGCUAAUUUUCUCCGCUUCUAUUACCCUCUUCGCUGUGAAACUUUCAAGAGUGGGGCGUGUUUUCGUGGAGUCAUUAAAUUGGAUUUCAAGGUUUUCGUAUCAAGCCCGCUCCCCAACGCUACGUUGGAGUGCUGGCUACGCCAGUGCGCUCCGGUUACCCCGUAUAUCAACGUUUACUGCUAACAGAACCUCAGUGUGGUCGUUUACAGACGGUCGCUUAGCGUGAAUACGAAAUGUCGCUGUCCGCAACCUUCCCUAUUUCACGGUCGCGUUACCCGGACAGUACCCUUUGCACGUGCCUGGAGGAGGAGGUUGACAACGACAAAGCAGAAGUGCUGCGCGAGCUGCUUCCACCCGCUCACUGACAAUCGAGUUCCUUCUGCAGGGCGCUUGGUACAUUACUUUUCUCGGAAAUGUUACUCAGGAGGAAGUCACUAGCCGGCGAAGACAUGGUUGUUUCAGACGUGUCUAGCGUAGAUGUUCUCGAAGGCUCCCAAGAUAAAGUGGAGUACUAUGCGUCAAGAUCGGAUCGCGAUGAAACGAAGGACGACCACAUUCCAAGCUUUCCAGGAGCCGGUGGAAAUGCUGGCGAACAUAAGUCAAGCACGAAGGCAGAGACACACCUACCCUCGACAGACGAUGGAGGUGCCGAAACUCACGUGGACACUACUACACCCACACUCACUGAAACGAGUGCCACUGAAACUACGGCUACGACGACAACUACGACGACGUCAACGACGACAACUACGUCGACGACAACUACAACAACUACGACGACGACGACGACAACCACCACAACAACGAAAAAGGCAUUAACGGUCUGCGACACCACAGUCCGAGGGCCUACACGAUCUUUCAAGUCCCCAAACUACCCGAUGCCCUACGGGAAGAAUAUGCUGCAUACGUGGUGCAUUUUCUCGGGCGAUGGUUGUCCUUUGUCCCUGACAUUCCGAGACAUCGAGUUGGACGUGCAAGACCAUAGGUGCUUUGACACCAUCUCUGUGUACGACGGCGAUAAGGCCAGUCCGGACAAGCUGCGUGGCACAGUGUGCGAAAACUCCACAUUUAGGACCACAACCAGCAAAGCGUACGUGGUAUUCCAAACCGACGGCCAGACGGAGAAACGAGGCUUCGAAGCCAAGUACGACACGCUGCCAUGCGACAAGCAUUUCCUCACCGCGACAACCGAGCAUCUUACUUUCACGUUGAAUGAGAACAGAAAUAACGAGUCCUGGGUCAUAGAGGCGACCACGGGACACGUUCAGAUAGACUUCACCCAAUUUUCAUUGUCUGAGAGUGAACACUGCAGCAGAGAGAAAGUCAAGAUAUUUGACGGCGCUGACGAUAGGUAUAGGAUCCUUGGAGAAUACUGCGGACAAGUUGACGUAUAUGCCCAAACACACAUCGACCGGCAAGUUCCUCUACGUCUUCUACUGCUCCGAAGGCACUAGAAGGGACAGCCUCGGAUUCCUUGCAACAUAUUAUACGGUUGGAUGACCAACACGAUACUUUUCAUAGAUAUCAAGACGUGGUUAUUAUACUGAGUAAGAAAAUAAAAGCAUGUCAUUUGCUGUA